CUUCAUAGUUACGUGCCGAUGACGCCGGCAGCCUGUUCUAAUAUGUACUUUUUCUCGUGUACCCAACGUUUAUGUUGUUCCUCUCGGGAACUUCUUUGCUCUGUUCUGAUUCAAAGUUGUGAAAAAACCGCACUUUCCGUUUGGCUUUUUCAGUAAGCAGUCAUUAUUGCAAAAUCCUUAUAAUCUAGUGUAAUCCUUAUCUGUACUUGGCGUAGGGCAAGUAUAAAUACCAGACACACUCUCAUCCAUUAACAGCAAUACAUUUUCUUUAGAGUCUUUACUUAGAAUACAGUAAACAAAAUGAAUAUCAACAGGGCAGCUUCGAUUUUACUUCCUUUAGUGUUCUUCUUGGUUUUUUUCCAAGAAUCAGUUCAGGGGCGCCCUCUUUCACUGUCGAUGUCCAGACCCAAGCCGGAUGAUGUUGCUGUAUUUGCUCGAUGGCUUGUUUCUCAGAAUUCUUGGGGUGUCCUCAAUACUAUAUCAAGUGAUAUGGGAGGAGCGCCAUUCGGGAAUGUUGUCUCAUUUAGUGAUGGGUUACCAGACAAAGGCCGUGGCAUACCGUACUUCUACUUAACAACGCUUGAUCCCACUGCUAGAAAUGCAUUAAAAGAUGAGAGAUCAUCAUUUACAAUCAGUGAGUACGCGAUUGGAACUUGUGGCAAGAAAGAUCCUGAGAACCCAUCUUGUGCCAAAAUUACCCUAACGGGAAAGUUGAAAGUGCUUAAUGGAGAUCCAAAGGAAAUUAGCUUUGCUCAAACUGCUUUAUUCACAAAACACCCUGAGAUGAAAGGUUGGCCCAAGGGUCACAAUUUCCAGAUCUUCAAAUUAGAGAUUGAAGAUAUAUUUAUGAUCAAUUGGUUUGGUGGUCCCAAACCUCUCACUGUGGAUCAGUAUCUGCAGGCUAUAAUGGAUAGUCUCAUGGCUAUUGCAUGAAUGCCCUGUACGUAUACAAUCUGCAGACACGACUGGUUUAGGGGAUGUGAAAAGGGUUUUAUGGUGUCGCGUUGCUUUCAGUGAUCAAUGAAAUUCAACUGUAAAUAGGAGAUACUUGUGAAGCUCAUUAACAUUCAUUCACGCAUGCACUUGAUGGCAUAUUUUAUGGCUUCUUCAAUACUCAAUUGUGAUUCUGAUUUGUAAAAUAAUGAAGGUUGAUUGCAAAUAAUGGGAUGCAACAUCCUUUUAACUAUUCCACAGGUCUCCGGAUAUUGGCUGGGAAGAGAACUUUUGUAAAUAUUGUUUUAGAAGAACGGUGUUCGUUAAAUUUGCACAAUUUAUUAAAGUAUUGUUUUAUAACA